GAUCGAUGCCGCCAGCCGACGGCCGCGAGACCGGCGCGCCGGUGGAGACGAGGAGAGCAGAGCGGCGGCGAACGGGAGCGGAGCGGCCCGAACAGUGACCACAGUCCUCAGUGAGAGCGGAGUGUGCAGGGAAGCGUCUGUAGCCGUCGGAGCGGGAGCGGAGUGGCGCAGGACGAGUCGGAAGUCCUCAGUGACUGUUUCGUGAGGGGAGGCUCCAGGGAGGAGACCGCAGCGAGGCGGCGCGCGUUAAAGAGGCGCCACUGUCGGCGCGGCUGCAGACGGAGAUGCUGACAGGCGGCGGCGCCCGCUGAGCAGCCAGCUGUGAGCUGCUGCAGCGCCGGAGCGGCCCGGUCGCCCUGCUGCCAGGCCCGCCGGACGGAUGGCUGGCCGGCUGCUGCUGGUCGCUCUGGUGGCGGCCGUCCCACACGUGUGGGCGGAGAUCAACUGCUACCAGUGCUCGUCGCGUAACGGCACCAACCCGGGCUGCGAGGACCCGUUCGCGCCGCUCUCCUCCAACUACGUCAAGGCCUGCAAAGUGCCCAAGCCGAAACACGUCGGCGAGUUCCCGGCCAACUUCUGCGUCAAGGUCACCGGCACGUCCACCACCACGGGCGAGGUACUCGUCAUCCGCAACUGCGUCCUCAAGAACAUGGAGUCGCAGUGCGGCGCGUUCCGCUUCGAGGACGAGAUGCUGCACGGCUGUGUGCUGACCUGUAACUACGACGGCUGCAAUGGGGCUGUGUCGCAGCGGGCCGGCGCGCUGCCGGCGGCUGUGUGCGCCGCCGGGGCGCUGCUGCUGCUGCUGCUCCGGCUGGCCGGCUGAGCCGGCUGAGCGGGCUCUGCUGCUGACCGGCUGAGCGGGGGCUGCUGCUGCUCCGGCUGGCAGGCUGAGCGGGCACUGCUGCUGGCCGGCUGAGCCGGCGCCCCUGCUGCUGGCCAGCUGAGCGGGCUCUGCUCCGGCUGAGCGGGCUCUGCUGCUGACCGGCUGAGCGGGGGCUGCUGCUGCUCCGGCUGACCGGCUGAGCGGACUGAGCGGGCUCUGCUGCUGACCAGCUG